UAAAAUUUGGAGUAAAAUCAGCCAUAGAAUGAGAGAAAAUGGGAGAUGAUAUAUCUGUAAUGUAAUACAGUUAUACUGAAUAUGAAUAAAUUGCUGACAAUCACAAGACAGAACAAUACAAACAACUGGAUGCUAUAGGUCAGAGGUCUUCAAUCAUGUCUAUAAAGGGUCAUUGUGGCUGUGCGUUUUCAUUCUGGCCAAAUAUUAGACAUACCUAACAGUGUACUGUAUGUCCAGUGGAAUUACUUGACUUCUGUUUGGUUGCUAUUAGAUUGAAGACCCAUGCUAUAGACCUUAAAAUAUAUAUGUCUGGGAGAAUAAAUAAGACUUUAAAUAAGUAUUAAAAAGGGCAAACAUACUUCCAUAGUUUUGGGACAGCAACAAUAUUAGCAUUGUCACUUUGAGCCUCAUCCGAGACCAUAGAAUGGUUCUAAAGGUUGUAGAGUUGGAAUGGGGCACAUGAGACCAAAGAUAGAGACUGGUGCCAGUAGUUUUUUUGUUUGUUUGUUUUAAUCAUAUGAAAUCUUACGCUCAAUUCUUGAUUUGACCAGUAAACAGUGCUGGAGGUUCCUAUUUCCGCCUGUCAUGAGCCUUGUGCCAUAGCAUGUCAUGCCACACAUCUACCUGCCUCUGAAAUAUGUAUUGGAUUGAGUGACUGUAAGUUACAUCAGAUCCUGCAGAUGGCAAUAUUGGACCUGUCUUUUCAUCUACUGUAAACCUUGAGUCUAACAUUUGCCUCUGCAUAUAUCUGAGUAUUCACCAUACAACACAGCAAAUUCACUGUCAGUUACAAACAGGGCACUUUAAAAUUCACACACACACAAAGUGUGUCCAUUAUUAUGUGUAUUUUAGGUAAAUGCAUAAACUUCUGGUCUAAUGGAAGCAAUUAAAAUUUUCUUUCUUUUUUUUUUCUUUUUUUCAUUCUUUCUUUCUUUAUUUCUUUUGAGUUUGUAAUAAUUGCCACCAUAAAUUUUUUUGACACUGUCCAUAAUAACCAAGUCUGUUCAGUGCUCAAGUCAUUGUUUUCUUCCUCUCAACCUUUCGUUCCUCCUCAUUGGCCUGUGUAGAUGUCAGUCACCUAUGAAAACUGACAUAAGUUCUUUUAUAAAGCAGAGGCCACCAGUCUGCCAUACACUCUAGCGGGAUAUCCAUGCUCAUGAGUUCGCCCAGGAGCCUCUGUGACACUUGGGAAUAUGCCAGUGGGUGAGCUGGCACUGUUGGCUGUAUUUCUACUGCUCUGGCCCAAGGUUCAGUCCUCAGAGUCAAGCAGUGGCUGUUGGAGAAUGGGAGAAUUUGAUCCUAAUGUGCUGGAGAUGGAUGGAGAUGUUAUUCUUGGAGGGCUCUUCCCCCUGCAUUACAUAGCUCCAAAACCUGAUCAUGUUUUUACAGAACGACCACAGGUUCAGAGGUGUAGUGGCUUUGACCUGAGGGCUUUCCGCUGGGUCCAGACUAUGGUGUUUGCUAUUGAGGAGAUAAACAGGAACCCCAGGCUUUUGCCAGGUGUGAAACUGGGUUAUCGUAUUCUGGACAGCUGUGAUCAUGUCCACACUAGUCUACAGAGUGCAUUCUCUCUGGUCAAUGGAUCUUCACUCCCUCAGACAGAGAGCUUUGCAGCCAGAAGCCUUCCUUGCCUUUCUAAAGCUCCUGUUCCUGCAAUCAUAGGCCUGGCAUCAUCUACACCAACCCGAGCUGUAGCCCACACAUUUGGGCCUUUUGAGAUCCCUAUGAUCAGCUACUUUGCAACCUGCACAUGUCUGACUAAUAAGCACGUGUACCCAACCUUCCUCCGCACUGUUCCCAGUGAUGUUUUCCAGGUGCAGGCUCUGGUGCAGUUGAUGUCCCAUUUUGGCUGGCGCUGGGUGGGCACAAUUGGCACAGAUGAUGACUAUAGCCGAUACGGAAUCCAAGCCUUUACUGAGCAGCUGGAAGAAUGGGGUGGUUGUGUGGCUUUUCAUCGCACCAUCCCGAAAGUGCCCACCCCAAAACAGAUCAGUGCCAUUACUGAUGCCCUGGAGGCCUCCACAGCCCGAGUGAUUGUGGUAUUUGCCACAGAAGGUCAACUUCUAGAGCUGCUGUCAGAGGUGGCAGGGAGAAAUCUGACAGGCUGGCAGUGGGUUGCCAGUGAAGCCUGGGUAACUGCCAGUAUUCUUACAGCCCCAGUUUUUCAGCAUGUGUUAACUGGGACCCUGGGAUUUUCCUUUAGGGGUGCAAAUAUCUCUGGGCUGGCUGAAUUUCUUCUGAGAAUAAAGCCCUCGGAUAACCCAGGAUCAGUCUUCACUAACAUGUUCUGGGAAGAACAGUUCAACUGCCGGCUGGAUUAUGCCAGCAGUGAGGGCUUGGACAAGCCACUCUGUACUGGCUUGGAGAAUCUGGUGCAAGUUGAAAGCAGCUACACAAGUGUCACUCCGGUGCGGGUUUCCUAUAACGUGUAUAAGGCAGUGUAUGCCAUUACUCAUGCUCUACACCACCUACUACAGUGCACAUCCAUAGCACAAGAUUCAGACCAGAGAAGCUGUAAUACAGGGGCAGAAUUCACACCUGGACAGUUGCUUUAUCAUCUGAGGAGAGUGAACUUCACAAAUCAGUUUGGAGAAAAGGUGUAUUUUGAUGAAAACGGUGAGCCAGUACCUCUCUAUGACAUCAUUAACUGGCAGAAAGAUGGCCGAGGUGGAAUCAGGUUUCAGAGAGUGGGCAGCUAUGAUGGUUCAGCCCCCCGUUGGCAGCAGCUCAAGAUGGACAUGGACUUGAUAGAGUGGACAGGAGGGCAGAGCCAGGUGCCUUUGUCUCUGUGCACAGCCCUGUGUCCUCCUGGGACUCGACAGGCCAUGCGACCAGGCCAACCCAUCUGCUGUUUUGACUGUCUACCCUGCACUGAGGGAGAAUUCACCAAUACAUCAGGAGCCACAGAAUGUAUCCGGUGUCCUCUGUACUACUGGUCCAAUGCUGAGCGUGUGGCAUGUGUGGCAGGCAUAGAGGAAUUCCUUUCCUUUCAGGAGAUCAUGGGUAUCAUCCUUGUUACCCUGUCCCUCUUGGGAGUUGCUGCAGCGACUGCUGUCUCUAUAAUCUUCUUCCUCUUCAGAUCUACACCCAUAGUCAAAGCCAACAAUUCAGAGCUGAGUUUCCUGCUUUUGCUGUCACUGAAACUUUGCUUUCUCUGUUCACUGGUGUUUCUGGGCAGGCCUUCAAUAUGGUCCUGCCAGGCCCGGCAGGCAGCAUUUGGCAUUAGUUUUGUCCUUUGCAUCUCCUGCAUACUAGUCAAAACCAUUGUGGUGUUGCUGGCUUUCCACUCCACCUUGCCUGGCUCCAGUUCCCUCAAACGAUUUGGACCUCCUCAGCAAAGAGCAUUUAUUGUCAGUUGCACUGCAGGCCAAGCCAUACUCUGCAUUAGCUGGUUGGCAUUAGCACCCCCUUACCCUUUUAAGAACACAUCUUACCAGGGCGGAAGGAUCAUACUGGAGUGUAAGGAUGUUUGGCCUCUGGGCUUCUAUUUGGUGCUUGGUUAUAUUGGUCUCCUCUCCUGUGUUUGCUUCAUUCUGGCCUUUUUGGGUCGGAAACUUCCAGAUACAUUUAACGAGGCCAAAUUAAUCACAUUCAGUAUGCUGAUCUUUUUUGCUGUUUGGAUCUCAUUCAUACCUGCAUACAACAGCACCCCAGGGAAAUACACAGUAGCAGUGGAGAUAUUUGCCAUUCUGGCCUCCACUUUUGGAUUGCUUUUCUGUAUCUUUGCUCCUAAAUGUUACAUUAUUCUGCUGAGGCCUGAACUUAAUACCAAAAAAGGAAUGACUGGAAAAACAUCAAAAUGAACUAUUCAUUCAAGACUUUCUUCUAACUGCAGUUUAAUCAAAAUACAUUUGGUUGUGCUGUCCUUUAAGCGGAGACAAUAAUUCUAUGCCAUCAUAGAAUCUAUCAAUGACAAUCUAUACAAAGAAAGGAAAUGCUGUAUAGAUCUAGUAUUUCACUGUAUUGGAAUUUAUAAUACAAUACUAGACAUUUUUAAUAAUUAUUUUUAUUGUUCAUGUUCAAUAAACGUAAGAUGAUGUUCAAUAAAGUUUAUUUUAUGGAAAAUAGUUGCUACUCUUGGACAAACAGUCUAUUUCUUAAAUUUGAAUUUGCUGGAAGCUACCUUAAAAAUGCAAUAAAAUAGUUACAAAGAAUCAGGGGAAAGGAUUUUAUUUUCUAUGUUACCAUAUCUGCACAAAUACACCCAUAAAUGUUUCAUGCAUUUCAUGACUUGGUAUAUACACAUGCAGCUUAUAAGCUUUCACAUAUUGAUCACUCCAUCUCAAUUACCGUUCAUAAAG